GAUAAGGUAAUUAGAUACCUGUAUUUAACAAAACACCUAGCUAUUAAAUAUAAGAAUAGAAUAGAUUUAGAGCAAGCCUUUACUUAUAUAAGUAACGCUAUAUUCGCUAAUAACCUACUAAAUAGACGUAGUACAGAAGGUUACGUAUUCUACUUGUUUAGAGGGCUAGUUAACUAG